AUCUUGGCGCCUCGUGGAAAAAGAGAACAAUUUCGAUUCUGGCACACACAAAAAAAUACAGCUAUUCUGCACUGCAGUUGGGAAUUUUUGUGCUAAUGUGCACAUAAGAAGAGAAACUACGCACGGUACUACAGAGUGUCGGGGUAUCUCUCCAUAGUUUCGUCUCAGUAUCUAUUUCCGCUCGACAUAGGUGUUCUUCCUGGUUGUUGAUCUGGAUAGCAACAUAUCGUCCACGAGCGUGUUCCGAUAAAAUGCUCGCGAUGAAGCGAAACAACGCUUGAGCGUCCGAUCGCGCAACCUCUAUGCAUGCGAUCGCUUUGUGCGUUUCAAAGCGUCUCAUUUUGCUCGCCUAGGAUUCAUGCAAUGCGAUUUUCAUUUUGAUCCAGUCCAAAAUGCCCGAGUCCUGUGCUGCAGCAAACUGCAAGCAGAGUACGGACCAGUCUAACGUUUUCUUCUUCAGGUUCCCAUUGGAUACGGUUCGAUGCCAGCAAUGGGUCAGCAACAGCAGCAGACCAGAUCUGGCGACCAAAACACCCGAAUAUUUACACAAGAACUUCAUGUUAUGCUCAAAACAUUUUGACAAGUCUAUGAUAUGUCAAAAGAGCGCUGUUAAGGCUGUUCUUAAGGACAAUGCAGUUCCUACUAUAUUUGACUUUGUAACCAACCAGGACAAAGCAGAAAAUAGCAGCAGAAAAAGAACAAGAGAGAAAUCAGCAGAGGAGCCUGUUGUCACAAAGAAAUCUAAAGGUACCACAGAAAUCUUGCAACCCUCUGUGAUAGAGGCAGAAGCCCCGAAUGACCCAGGUGAGAACAGCAAAACACAAAAUCUUCCUGUACCUGAUGAAUCCGAGGAAGAGGAUCCUGCUGUGUCCAAAGUCAAGGAGACUUUGAAAGACUACUUCAAGGAGACUUUAGCCUUCACCGGUUUCAGCAUUGGCAACAAUGCAAUUCCCAACUCUGCCAAACCACUGGGAAGUGACCCAACUGGUCCGCUCCCUGUCAAUACCAUAUGUGCAGAGAAAAUUGACCGAAAAGAAGUGCUUUCACUAGGAGAGGAUGUUAUGCAUGAGGAGAUCGGCAACAGUUUGCGCCUUGCCCGAUUUUUCUCUAUACUUCUCCAAGACAAGAUAAACAUCGAGGGCAAGGACCAGAUCCCUUUGUUUAUCCGCUAUGUCACAAGUGCAGGCUACCCACAGAAGCACCUUAUGGGAUUCCUCCCAUGUGACGUCGACUCAGACAAUUUGUUUCAUUUGCUGAUAUCCGAGAUCUGCAACAAGUGGGGUCUCCGGAUGGAGCACUGCCGUGGAUUCACUUACCUGUCAUCCGGUAUUGUAUGUCAGAAGUUGAAAGAGCUCACCUGCAGGAUGUUGCGGGAUUAUCCCCAAGUAGUGUUAGCCCCCAGUGAACCCUAUGCUUUCAACAUGUGGUUGAUUCGCGCCAUGCCUAUCCUUUCCAUUCAAGAUGUUGUUGAUACUGUGGAACAGGUUGCUACUGUGAUUAGAGAGUCCGAAACUCUGGCGAGGAAACUGGAUGUCAAGAUUACGUCUUCGUACGGCCACAUCAAAGGUGAAGUGGACCGCGUCAAGGAAUCCUGCCAGAAUCAUUGGGAAUACUCCACUGAUGCUUUUCAGACGAUGCUUGAUAUCUUGGAGCCACUUUUGAACAGCAUUGCAGAGAUGUGCACCAGCUCUCUUUCGAAUGUGGAUGCAGACACUGUUGAAGUGCUCCUAAAGCUGAAAGACAGGCUGAAGAAUUUCGAUUUCAUUGUUACUCUUGUGGUCUUGAAGAACACACUGUGUUGUGUAAGCAUCCUGAACCCCAGUCUCAGGGGAUUUAUCAGUAUCAGCAGCACCUUACAAUACACCAUCUCCAACGCCUUAAAGCUUCUCAACAAAUAUAUGCAGGAGAUCGCCAUUUUUCAUAGAAAGUGGUUUUCUGAUGCAUUGGGCAGGGCCAAGAAGUUAUCUGUGCCAGUUAGUAUUCCAGCGGAGUUGGCGACCAACGGUGAAGGUGAGGAGAAACCCCAGAUUUCAUUGGAGGAUUACUAUAGGGAAUCGCUGAGCAAGAAAGUCUUGCAAUACCUUUUGGAUGAAGUCAAAAGAGUUCUAGGCAUCGAGAUGGUGAGAAUCCUCAGAUGGUUGUCGUUGGUGCCGUCAUAUAUGGCCGACCACAAUUUUAGCAUCCGCAAAGACAAAGUUGCUGAUGCUAACCUGAACAACUUGGCUCGCCCUGACUCCUUUUACGAUGAGCUUGGCUGUUGGGAGGUGAAAUGGAGACAUGCUAGCAAGCGAAGAAUCCUUCCCACCAAUGUUUUCGCUACCCUCAAGAUCCCAGAUAUAGGCUUUUAUCCAAAUAUACAGAGCCUUUUGAGAGUGCUGGGUACCAUCCCCUGCGUCACUGCAGAACCAGACGUUUACGGACAGUAUGAGAUGGUGUUGAACAGGUAUCACUCCUACAUGAAAGAAGUGCCUGUAGAUAAGAGACUAUGUAAUAUGGCCUUCGUUUAUGUCAAUCAAGAUGUUCACUUCAGCAUUGAAGAAAUGGUGGAGGCGUAUAUUACGAAACAUCCAGAAAUCCUACAGCUGUUGAAAGAGGAUGAUGUCAUGGAAGUGCAGCCAUCAGUACCAGACACCAGUGCAAAUGAUGCCUCGAAAGAAGACAUGGAAGAAUCAAGAGAGAUGACUUUAAAUAUGGAAGUUGAGAGGCAGAAACCACCAGAGUGUGCAGAAACGGAUAAAGAAGCAUUAAAAUCUGCUCUUCGGGCUGCUGUCACUGCAGCAUGUAACAGACAAGGCAAACACACUCCAGGUGAUCAAGAGGUGGAAUACGUGACAAAGUCUGAAAUGAACGAAGUCCUCAAAGUAUGUGAAAAUGUGGUCCGAGAUCGAAUUCUGGCAGAGGUCAGAUGUUCGUUCUUCUCCCUGUUCAUUGACAGAGUUGUCAAAUUUGGAGAAACUGACUACUUACCCACGUUCCUCAGAUUUGUUGACAGUUUUGAUGUCAUGCGGCUUGAGCUUUUGGGUUUUGUUGAGGUCAGCUAUGAUACCGACACUAUGUGUGAACGACUGGUUGAUGUUGUCACAAAAGAGUGGCGUCUGGAUUUGAGCUACUGCAGAGGUCAGGCUUACCUUGGCAAUGGUGAAGUGUCCUACAAGCUCAAAGCCUUUGCAUGUAAAGUACAGGAGAUGCAGCCUCUUGCUAUAUGCACGCACUUCUCAUGUUACUCUUUCAAUACUUGGUGGUCAAGGUCAGUUCCCGUAGCUGCAGUCAUCAGAGCCAUAGACACGUUAGAAGAGAUCGUGUCAUUUUUCCGCAGCGAUCCUUUCUUUGAGAAACAAUUGGAUCAAGUCUUAGCCAUAGGCCUUAGAGAGAGCUAUGAGAAAAUUCAUGAGCUUCAAGGAAACUUCUGCUCCUCUUGGCUUGAGAAGCAUGACUCUUACGAAGUCUUUGCUCAGAUUUUGGAGCCUUUGGCAAUGUGUCUAGAAAAUAUUGAUGACUGCAAACCGCAAGGAUGGACUUUAGCGGUUUCCAACCAAGCCAAAAGACUGCUUCAGUUGAUGCGGGACUUUGAUUUCAUUGUGGCAAUUGUCGCAUUAAAAAAUGCAUCGUCUUUCACCAGAGAACUCAGUGCGGCUUUGCAGAAAGACCAUUUCAGUGCUGCCUCGCAGCUGUGUCAGAUUAGUGGUAUUGUGGCCACGCUAAACCGAGUGAAGACCAACAUCAAGGUUUUUCAUCAAAACUGGUUCGAUGAAGCGUGCACCUUUGCUCAAAAUCUGGGUGUGCAGGUUAAAGUGCCUGAUAGUGUGGUUGUUCCAAGGGACAGUCUGCUGAAACCAGGUACAUACUACAAAGACACAAUGAGUGUCCCUUUGGUUGAUCACCUUAUAAACAUGGUGAAGGAUUAUUUCUCUGACGACCACAAGGAGGCUCUCAACUUUUUGUCUUUGGUUCCAUGCUCUGUUACAAUGAGCUAUGUUUUUGAAACACUCAAGUCAAAACCUCCAUUGUACAUCGGUGACCUUCCCGACCCUGACAACUUCUUCACAGAGCUCAGCUGCUGGAAAGUUAAGUGGAAGACCAAAGUGGUCAAUAUAACCAUACCAGAAACCAUUUUCCAGACUUUGCGCCUACCACUAAUGCAGUACUUUGCGAACAUCAAUACAUUGCUGAAAAUCCUGUGCGUGUUGCCGAGCACAGCUCUGGAAUAUUGUGGUGAGGUGAAGCGGCAUAAAAUGUAUCAAGACUAUUUGAACAAUACUUCUCCUAAGGACAGAUCGCCCUGUUUAGCAAUGCUUCAGGUGGGAACUGACUUUAACAGAGACCUUGACAAAAUGGUUACUCAAUGCUUAAAGGUCACACCUAAGACUCUGGAGGGUAUAUGCCUGGAUAAAGAAUCCAAAACUUUAGGAAGGGGUACUGAGAUAAAAACAGAGGAUGACAACCAUAUGGAAGAAGUUGAAAACCGGGAAACUCAUCAGGAUGACUCUAGGACACUAGUCGUGAAUUCAGAAACACAAGUGGUGAAUUCAGAUACACAAGUGGUGAAUUCAGAUACACAAGUGGUGAAUUCAGAUACACAAGUGGUGAAUUCAGAUACACAAGUGGUGAAUUCAGAGACAACAAACAAAGAAGCAGGCAUUCCUGAAGAAGCAGAAAGCAUAAACACUCAGGAUCAGUCAGAAAAUAUCUCUGAAGCGGUAGCUGUGGAACAACCUGCAAUAACCGAAGAACAGGACAGAAAUAUGGAUAAGAAUGGCCAUUCUGAUGAACCAGUGGACAACAUACCGAACUGUGAAAAAGUGUUUAAACAGGCAGUCAUGCUUGCAAGGAGAAACUGCUCGUUUAAUGACCUCAGUAAACAGGAGCAAGAUUCCAUUCUACAGGACCUUGCCUCAUGUCAUUGGGUACAGGAAGAGGGGAUGUCAUUUUCAGAAGGGGAAAUGCUGCAAUGCAUUGUAAAGUCUAUAAGAGAACAAAUCCUCAGUGAAGUUCAGGAUUCUCCUUUCUUUUCCAUCAUUACUGACAGAGCUAUCUCAGCUGGUGAGGCAAAGUUCCUUCCAGUGUUUAUUCGCUAUGUAAAUGACUGCAUUCCUAAAGUGGAGCUCAUAGGGUUUCUACCCUUUGACGAGAGCUCUGAUGUCAAUUUGCAAGCUAAGGCACUUACAUCCACUCUUGAGGCUGAUUGGGGACUUCAAAUGGGCUACUGUCGUGGACAGUCCAUCAUGUGCAUUGGUACAAAAAGCCAAAGUCUCAGAAAGAUGGCCUUGGGCUUUUUAGAGAGCUAUCCGUUAGCUGUGAACACACCCAGUGAAUCUUGUGGACUUGCCUAUUGGCUGGCUUUAAGCUUACAAAAUUCCUCUAUUACUAAGGUUCUAGAGAUAGCUGAGGAUCUGCUACAGUUUUUUGACCAGUCACCAAAGUUAGAGAAUGAACUUGCUAAGACCAUGGAUGGACUUUUAAAUACUCCACGGGAAGCCCUUGCAGAGAUCCCAGAGACUUGCUUGUCCAGAUGGAAAAAGAGAGAGGACUUCUUUGAUAUUCUGGUAGACAUGCUGGAAGGAGCCCUCAACUGCUUGGAUUCUGUUAGCUUCAAUCAAAGUGGGUCUUGGAGUAGUAGCAUGUCACAGCAUUCUCAGGCCCUGUCCACAGCAAUCAGGCACGUUGAUUUUGUCAUCCCUCUUGUGAUUUUGAAGAACGCCUGUGCUCCCUUGAGGAACUGUAGCACUGUGUUUCGCUGCGGAAACCCUGCUGACAUUGUUUGCGAGCUUGAGAAGAUUUUACCAAUAAUAGAUACUCUGGGCAAGAUGUUGGAAAAUGUGAGUGUGGUGCAUUCUACUUGGUUUGAGGAGGGAGUGGAACUUGCUGUUAAGGUCGCAGGAUUGCUGUCAUAUUCAGAAUCUGUCAGUAGUCAUGAUUCACCAGAGAAUUUCUACAUGGCAACUGUUAGCCUACCGAUUCUAAAUGGUUUGAUUGAAGAAAUGAAGUUUAACUUCUCUGAAAAUCACCUGAAAGCACUUAAGGUGUUGUGUCUGUUACCAACCUGUAACCCUCUGCCCAUCCUCCCUGAAUCCACUGAUAAACUGCACACAAUCUACCUGAGUGAUCUGCCUGAACCAGAAACAGCUGAGGAAGACAUCAACAACUGGGCCACAGUAUGGAGGGAGAAGUACCAAGAUGUUUCUCCUCCCACUUCCAUCUCAGAGACAUUGCUUCACAGUGAAGCCAAACAACUUCCAAACGUUGCAACCCUUCUUAAGCUUGUGGCUGUCUUGCCUAGCAUUAGCAUGGAGUGUGAUCUUAUGAAAACAACUCUAAAUUCAUUGAGAACUUUGCUCAGAGAUGGUAUCUUUAGCAGGGGUAGUAAGACUGAUGCAGUCAUGCUGCUUAUGCAUCGUCAAACACUGCAGAGUCUGGAAGAGGUAAUUGAGAAAUGCAUGGAGGGUGAUCUGGAGACUCAUCAGUUUCUUGUACAGGUAAAAGCAAGAAUCAAUCACUUGAGAAUGGAAAGUGAAGUGAUUGCCAUGGCUCCACAGGAGAUAACUGCAAAUAAUUCUAGUUACCCACAAGAGGAAACGGAUGCUGAAAAUGAAACGAACGCUGCUGCUCCAGAUGAAAAUGCAAUGGAAACUAAUGGGUCUACUGAGAUUCAUGAGGUGGAAGAAACACUCACAAGUACACCUGACCCACAUUCGUCUUCAACUGUCGACAGCUCUGACAAACCCACAGCUGUAACUCAUGUCAUCACUGAUGACAGCCCUCUGCUGAUCAGCACCCCUGAGCAAUCAACAGAAUCUGUCCAAGAUGCCACUAUAAAAUCCACAGCAUUAGGUCAAGAUAACACUGAUAAACUGAUUUUGACUGGCCAAGAUGUAAAUGACAGGUCCAAAAUACUUGAUCAGUGUGAAACUGGUUUGUUAGUUACAGGGUAUCAGAAUGCAGCUAAUCAGUUGAUGGUGGUAGAGCAUGACCGAACUGAGCAGUCUACAGUAGAACAGCAAAUUAGUGGUGAGUUAGUAUCAGUCGAUGAAAGUGAAGCUAUGGAAGUUGAUCAGUGUGAAAACAAUCAGUUUGUAGCAGCAGAGGAAAGUAGAACAGAGCAGUCAGCAAACUUGCAAAAUGUUCAGGAUCGGAUGAUGGCAGUUGACCACAUUGAACCUGAUUCCUCUGUAGUGGAAAGCCGAGAUGAAAGUAGUCACACAGUAACAAGGUUAGCAGAAGAUGAACAAACAGGACAGUUGGUUUUAGUGGGUCAAAGUGAAUCUGUUAAUCCAAUGCCAGUUGAUCACAGUGUAAAUGAUGAUUUGGCAUUAGAGAAUCAAAGAGAGACCAAUCAAGUGAUGGAAAUUGAAAGAAGUGAAAAUGAUCAGCCUGUAACUGCAGAUCAGGGUAGAAUUGGCCAGUCAGAAACAGGGGAACAUGGUGUAGCAGAGCAGCUCGCUGUCUGUCAAGUUGAAACUGAUCAGUCUACAGUGGAACAUCAGAAUGAAGCUUGUCAGAUAAUAACACAGUCAGGGGAUGAAAGUGGAAUUGUUCAUUUAAUAUCAGAGGCUCAAAUUGAAUCUGGUCAACUUAAAGAUUUGGAUGGCUCAGGAACCGAUCAGAAUGUAACACAUGUAGCACCUCAUGACACUACUGAUAACGUCAUUGCAAUUGAUCAAAUUGAAACUGAUCAUUCUGUAGUAGAGGGUCAAAGUGAGGCUGGUCAUACAGAAGCAGGGUUAACAAAUGAAUCUGAAACGGGUCAGUUAGUGUCAGAGGAUCAAACUGGGUCUGGUCUGGUCACAGUAGUUGGCUAUGGAAUUGAUCAGUGUGUAACAGCAGAUCAAAGUAUAACUGAUCAGUUAGUGCAAGUUGUUCAAGUUGAAGGUGAUCAUUCUCUAGUAGAGACUCAAAGUGAAGUUGGUCAGGCAGAGGCAGGGUUAGAAAAUGAGUUUGGAACUGUUCAGUGUGUAUCGGAGGAUCAAAGUGUAUCUGAUCAGGUUGUGGUAGAUGACUAUGAAAUGGAUCAAUCUUUAACAGCAGAUCAAAGUGUAGCUCAAACAUUAUUGGCAUUUGGUCAUGUUGCAACUGCUCAUUGUGUAGUUGAGAGUGAUGCUGGUCAGGCAGAAGAAGGGGUAGCAAAUGAAGUUGUAGCUGUUCAGGUGGUAUCAGAGAAUCAAAGUGUAUCUGAUCAGCCCAUGAGAGUUGAUAAUGGAGUUGAACACUGUGUAUCAGCAGAUCAAGGUGUAACUGAUCAGUUAGUGGCAGUUGGUCAAGUGGAAACUGAUCAUUUUGUAGUCGAGAGUCAAAGUGAUGCUGGUAAGAAAGAAGCAGGGUCAGCAAAUGAAGUUGUAACUGGUGAGGUUGUAUCAGGAGAUCAAAGUGGAUCUGAUCAGGUCAUGGUAGUUGACUAUGAAAUGGAUCAGUCUGUAACAGCAGAUUAUAUUGCAGCUCAUCAGUUAGUGGUACUUGCGCAAGUUGAAACCGAUCAUUCUGUUGUCGAAAGUCAAUAUGAGGCAGGUCAGAUAGAAGCAGGGGUGCCAAAAAUAGUUGGAACUGGUCAGGUGGGAUUGGAGGAUCAAAGUGUAUCUGAUCAGCCUAUAGUAGUUGACCAAAGAAUUGAUAACCGUGUGACAGCAGAUCAAGGUGAAACUGACCAGUUAGUGGCAGUUGGUCAAGUUGAGACUGAUCAUUCUGUAGUCGAGAGUCAAUGUGAGGCUGUUCAGACAGAAGCAGAGUCGGUUAAUAAAGUUCUGACUGAUCAGGUGGUAUCAGAAGAUCAAAGUGUGUCUGAUGAGGUCAUGGUAGUUGACUAUAAAAUGGAUCAGUCUCUAACAGCAGAUUAUAUUGCAGCUCAUCAGUUAUUAGCAGUUGCUCAAGUUGAAACCGAUCAUUCUCUAGUAGAAGGUCAAAGUGAUGCUGGUCAAACAGAAGCAGGGGUUGCAAAUGAAGUUGCAACUGGUAAGGUGGUAUCAGAGGAUCAAAAUUUAUCUGAUCAGUCUAUGAUAGUUGACAAUGAAAUGGAUCAGUCUGUAACAGCAGAUUAUAUUGCAGCUCAUCAGUUAUUAGCAGUUGCUCAAGUUGAAACCCAUCAUUCUCUAGUAGAAGGUCAAAGUGAUGCUGGUCAAACAGAAGCAGGGGUUGCAAAUGAAGUUGCAACAGGUAAGGUGGUAUCAGAGGAUCAAAAUGUAUCUGAUCAGUCUAUGAUGGUUGACAAUGAAAUUGAUCAGUCUGUAACAGCAGUACAUGGUGUUGCUCAUCAGUUAGUGGCAGUUGAUCAAGUUGAAACUGAUCAUUUUGUAGUAGAGGGUCAAAGUGAUGCUGGUCAAACAGAAGCAAGGGUAACAAAUGAAGUUGCAACUGGUAAGGUGGUAUCAGGGGAUCAAAAUGUAUCUGACCAGUCUAUGGUAGUUGACAAUGAAAUUGAUCAGUCUGUAACAGCAAAUCAUGGUGUUGCUCAUCAGUUAGUGGCAGUUCUUCAAGUUGAAACUGAUCAUUCUGUAGUAGAGGGUCAAAGUGAUGCUGGUCAAACAGAAACAAGGGUAGCAAAUGAAGUUGCGACUAGUGAGGUGGUUUCAGAGGAUCAAAAUGUGUCUGAACAGUCUAUGGUAGUUGACAAUGAAAUUGAUCAGUCUGUAACAGCAGAUCGCGGUGUUGCACAUCAGUUAGUGGCAGUUGCUCAAGUUGAAACUUAUAAUUCUGUAGUAGAGAGUCAAAGUGAGGUUGGUCCAACUGAAGCAGGGUUAGCAAAUGAUGUUGGAACAGGUCAAGCAGUAUCAGAAGAUCAAAAUGGAUCUGACCAUCUCAUGUUAGUUGACUCUGAAAAUUAUCAGCCUGAGAGAGCAGGUGGAAGUGGUCAUUCAGUAACAGGAGAUCAAAGUGUUCCUGAUCAGUUUGUGGUCAUUAGUCAAAUUGAAAGUGAUCAGUCUAUAGCAGAUGGUCAAAAUGAUGCUGGUGUGACUGAGACUGGAAUACCAAACGAAGCUAGAACUGGUCAGUUAAUAUUAGGGGAUCAGCUUAUGAUAGUUGACUCUGGAAAUGAUCAGUCUAUGACAGCAGAUCAAGAUGAGACUGGACAAUUGGUAACAGAUCAAAGUGUAACUGAUCAGUAUGUGACAGAAGAUCAAGUUGCAACUCCACCUACAGUUGAAGGUCAAGGUGAAGUAGAUUAUUCAUUAACAGGGUUAGUAGAUGAAGGUAGUACUAGUCAAAUACUAUCAGAAGAUCAAAGUGGGGCUGAUCAGCUUAUGGCCGAUGAACAGUCUGUAGUACAAACUCAAGAUGAAAUUAGUCUUUCUGGUACAUUAAAUCAAAGUGUACCUGACCAAUUUGUGGCACUUAGUCAAAAUGGAACUGAUCAGAUAGUACCAGGGAAUUCCGGAAGUGAAUUUGAUCAUUCCCAAGCAGAUCAGGUUGGCUCCAUCCAGUCUAAAGUAGCUGUGGAAAGAACAGAUCAGCUCAUUUUAACAGCCCCAGGCGGCUCUGACCAAGAAACUGCAGACGUACAUGCUCACUCUGAUCAGCCCACUGCAAUCAGUGUUACUGACCAUUCCAUGGCUGAUUCACCUGAGGAUAUUACUGAUCGUAUCACAGCAGCACAAUUCGAAGACACAGAUCAGUCUACAGCAAAGGCUCAGGACAGCACAGAAAAAGUAGUUUCCCUGGAUGACACAGGACCUGACAAAAAGGUUCUGACCCUUUAUGAUACUUCUGCUCGAGAGAAAUUGCUUAAUGAACUUUGUGACAUAAAGUACUUUACCAUAGUUGCUGGACUAGAGUUACAAAUUGAUGGCCAACCAUACAUCCCUGUAGGAAUACACUACCUUGACAAACAAGAUGUUCAGUGUGAAAAUAUCUUAGCAUUUAUACCCCUUUCUACAAACAUCACUUUAUUUGUGGAUACCCUGACCAUUUCCCUCUCACAGAAGUGGGGUUUAAACUUGGCAUUCUGCAGAGGUCAGAACUUGGGAAGACCAGGUGCCUCAGUCUCUCAAAUGAGACAAGCUUCUACUUUGCUUUCCCAGAGACUUCCUCUUGCCCUUGGUUUCCCAAGCCCGGUAACCCUCCAUUCUUUGCUAACUAGUUUGUCCUCUCUAAGAGAUAUAAGACACAGUUUUGAGUGCUUUGAACAGCUGUUAAGGUGGUUCUCUGAGGAUGAUCAGCGACAAGUAAGGCUAUUUGAUGCUGUUGUUCGUGUAUUCCAGGAUGAAAACAAGGCCAAUGAGCUAAAAACCAAGCUUGGCAGCAGCCAAUGGGCGAUAAACCUUGACAUUCUGGAACUUACUACAGACAUUCUAGAGGCCAUAUUUUGUUGUUUAAAUGAGAUGAAAGAAAACCAUGACACUGAGGCAAAUAUAGCAAUGGCUCAGAGCUUUCUUUCUGCCAUCCAGAGCUUUGAUUUUAUUUUGACAGUUGUGAUUAUGAGAAACAUCCUGAGCCUCACCAAAAACCUAAGCCUUCAGGGAAAUUCCUAUGAUGUGUAUCAAGCUGUAAGCAGCCUGUCUGAUGUUCUGUCCUCUCUCAGUGAAAUAAAGAACUGUAUUGACUCUCACCAUCAAUCCUGGUUUCAAGAGGCAGUUGCAUUAGCUUCUAGGCUGCAGCUCACAGUACAGCAUCCUUCACUACAACCACCCUUAAAUGUGCACUACAGAGAUGACAUCAGUAAAGGGACUGUUGAGUACUGUAUUGCAGAAAUGGAAGGGCUCUCCCAGGAUGUUCUGUCUGCUCUUCGCUGCUUGCAGGUUGUGCCUUACGUCAUGUCCAAAGUGGAGGGAUGUUGCAAGGAUGUUGAGUUUGUCAAAGUGUUCCAGAAUGACCUGCCUGACCCAAACUCCCUCGAGGAUGAGCUGCAACGGUGGAGGGAUAGAUGGCAACACUUAUUUGUGGCUCACCAGCACCUACCUGACACUGUUUUUGACACUCUCAAGACGUCUGACAUCCAGUCUUUUCCCAACAUUCAAACUAUUCUUAGGGUUUUGGCAGCUCUGCCUUGGUCCAGCAUGCAGAGUAGCUUUAGAGAGGGAAAAAUAAGUUCUGAGCUGUAUCCUUUGUAGACAACUGGCCUUAGCUGAGCCCAAAAAAGCUCUCCUAUUAGGAUGUCUCAUACUGCUGAAUGGCCCACAUCAUUCUAAACUGUAGAUCACAUCAGACUGUAGGUUUCAGUAUGCUUUUUUUACUAGAUAAAUGAAUUAGCCCUGUACACUUUAAGUAUAAUCAUGUCAUUGUUUUAUUGAUGUUUUGCUUUCUUCAUUUUACAUUUAAGUGGUAUGGAAAGAGGACUGUCAAUUGGGACCAAUGUCUUGCCAAAAAAAAAAAACAAAAUUCAAUGCCCUGGGGGGGCCUUACUGCUUUGUGCCUUUAUGCAAAAACCCAACAUAAUUCUUCAAAUCAUCAGACAUGGAAAGCCUAGAUGUUUUCAUAACAGACUUUGGAAACCUCCUAAUAUCUUCAGGAACCUUUAAAGGACUUUAAUUAUUGUAAAUCCUUUGAGUUGAUCUGAGAACCGCAUUUUAUCACACUGAAUCAUGAUGGUUAUGUUUUAUUGUCGAAGUUUCAUCCCAUAGCACAAACUAAACUGGUCUUUCUCUGUAUUAUUAUGCGUGUUACAAUGGUUAAUUUGUUUGCAGUUUUAUUUAGAUAAAUAGAUUUUUCUGUAAACAUUUCUCCCAGAAGCCCUCCUCCUGAAGGAUGUAUACAUAUAUAUUUGACUAAAAUAAACAAAAUGAUUAAAAA